CUGGAACAUAUACUUUAAAGGUAAUACAAAAACCUAUUAGCACAAUCCUUAUAGAAUUAAAAUUUGAAACACGAUAUAAGUGCUGUUGUUAAUCAUAAAGGACUUGUUUUAUUCUAUCUAUUCUGGAACACAUAUCGUCACCAUAUUUUUCAUUGAUCUUCUAGACAUGCAAAAAGGAAGUUGUUCAUAUAUGAUAAUGAAAUAUUGUUUACAUACGAUUUGUGGUUGUAUAUCAAUAACGUCUGCAACGCAGAUGAAGAGGAGAGAAUUAGAACAUUACGUCUGACAAAAUAUAUUGUCAAAAAUUGUGUAUUCUCUUUUCUUCAUUAUUUAUAUGUCAUUGAACAUUUUUAUUAUGUUUUAUACAAUAUAUUUUAGGUACUUUAUAGAGGUUUUCAAAUCCAUAGUCGAGAAAUAACAAUUGAAAAUUCAUUAUCACCAUUAAAUUUAACGAUUAUUAUAUCAGCUUCGACUUAUUUGCCUUACAUGAAUAUGACAACUGAAGCAUCAUCAACGAUCACAUCAACUUCAAAGAAUUCAUCUUCGAAUAUUUUCUUGAACUUGAAAAUUCUAUCAUCAUUGAUAUUCUUAUUUAUUUAUUUUAUUCUCAUGAAAGAGAAUUAA